GAGCAAAGUUAAGAUUUAAACCUAAAAUCGAUCUAAGCAGAUUCUGGUUCCCGUCACAAGUAGUCAUCGGUGUACGGAACCAGCAACCUAGACCAAAGGGGGCGCUGAUUUCAACUUCCGGCUAAAACACAGGAGAUGGCUGCCACACUUAAGCCAUACCUGACGGCUAUACGCCACACAUUAGAGGCUGCUAUGUGCCUUGAGAACUUUAAUUCACAAAAUGUUGAGCGACAUAACAAGCCAGAAGUUGAAGUAAAAAGCAGCAAGGAGUUGCUACUGACACCAGUGGUAAUAAGCAGGAAUGAAAAGGAGAAAGUUUUAAUAGAAGGAUCCAUCAACUCGUUGCGCAUCAGCAUCGGAGUGAAACAGAGUGAUGAAAUAGAAAAAAUACUGUGUCACAAGUUCAUGAGGUUUAUGAUGAUGAGAGCAGAAAACUUUGUGGUUCUACGAAGAAAGCCAGUAGAGGGCUACGACAUUAGUUUCCUUAUCACCAAUUUCCACACAGAACAAAUGUUCAAACAUAAACUGCUAGACUUCAUCAUUCAUUUUAUGGAAGAAAUUGACAAGGAAAUCAAUGAAAUGAAACUAGCAGUUAACUCCAGGGCCCGGCUCAGUGCAGAAGAAUUCUUGAAAAGAUUUUAGCAUCAUAUUUAGUUUUAUAGUUUUUGAUGAUAGUGCAAAACCAUAAUGAGGAAACCAAAACAGACUACAGCCAACAUUCACAUGCUUCUAGCCACAUAAAAGUGUGCACUGCAGCCCACGAUGUUGGAUACAGUGUCCCAGUGCUUCACAUUUUGUAGCCAAAAAGAUGUACUUACUUUAACCAAAAUGAUUAAUUUCCUUGUGUUUUUUAAGGAUAAAUUGCGUCCCUAAAAUUGUUAUAUAAAUCCAAUUGAAUUUUAUAUUUUCUCAUGAUAAGCAAAGCAUACAAACAAAUCAUACUGACAGAAAUUGUUGUAAUCAGUAGAAUAGUGAGGAUUAUAAAGUAUGACAUUCCAUUCAUAUUAUUAAAAAUUGUGUGCCAGAUUAAACUCUGAAUGGUGUGAAAUGUGAGAAAUUUUUGGAGAGAAUAGUUAUGAAGAAAUAGUGUAGUGAGAAGCAUUUUGGUACUGGCCGGGUGCUACCGGAUAUUGUUCAUACCUUCAUUCAUUAUAGGUUUCCUUCAUUAUACAUUGGUUAUGGACUUUAUAUCUCUGUUAACAGUAUAGUAAAUGCAUUUUUUUUUACUAAGAUUGCUUCAGAUCAUUGAUAUGGUCUUUACUAAUUUAUUACAGGAUAAAGCGGUACUUUUUAUCAUAAUUAUAUACAAAGUCUUGUACAUUAUGUAACUUUCUAAAGAAUAUUUUCUGGUCUUUGACCAAAUAUAAGCUUUUUGUUUAUAAAUAAAAGCCUGAAAUAUCUGCCUACAAGAGGAAGGUACUACUUUGCCUGCAAUAUCUUAUCAAGUUGAUGUAGUAUUCGCUUAUACAGCCAUUUCUUCUUUGAUUGUUAUGUCUAUGCUGUAAAUUUCGUUAUAUAGAACUAUUUGAUAUUUGUACAAAUGAAUACUUGCUAUGCAUAUAAAUAAUAAAAUAUAUUGUUUUUAUCA